GGAACUUCGGAUAUGGCAGGCUCUACUGUAAUAAGUUAACAUUUCAUUCAACUGACGCAUGAAAAGAAGCUUAUCCCAGCGUGAGUAUGAUAUGCGGUUAAAGUAGGAAUACAAGUUUUCCUAUGAAGCAGCUAGUUAUUAAGGUACAAUAUCUACUUAUUGGAAACAGACGUAAAUAUUUUACGAAUCGCGCCAGAAGGAAUCCAGCGGAUACGUCAUUGUUCGUAGCUGCGGUAAUAUUAUUAAUGACAGCUCAAUGCACGGAUCGCCAAUCGUUGAUAAACGACUUCAUCAUGCGCAAGCCGCAUGCACUUCGUUACGCGUUAUCCAUUGUACUUAAGGCGAGAAUUCGCUAUUAAGGCCUUUGUUCGAAGAAGGUGUCGAUACGCCGAAUGUAUUGGAUUCGCAAUAUGCCCAGAGAGCUUGCAAUCGCUUUGUUCGUCACAAUCUUGUUCAGGAAUUCCGUGGCGCGAAAAAGUGACGAAAAAUGUAAGGAAUACGCCAAUCUGGUUUACGAGACCGAGAACUCGCCGAUUUUGCGCAUCAAUGCCGGCUCGAAUAAAGUUUCCCGAUGCGCCAUCAUUGAGACACCUCUAAUCAUCGGCGGAGUCCAAGCGAAACAUGCGGAAUUUCCGCACAUGGCAGUGAUCGGUUAUGGCAAAAGCGACAUAUCCUGGCAAUGCGGAGGAAGUAUCAUUUCCGAGAAUUUUAUUCUGACAGCUGCGCACUGUAUGGAAUCUCCGGACAAGGGUCCCGCAAGUAAAGUGCGAGCCGGAUUAAUUGACCUAACGAAUCCGGGCGAUUCUAUGCAGGAGAGAGAUGUCGCGGAAAGAAUUACCUAUCCGGAUUACAAGGCAUCAAUUAGAUAUCACGACAUAGCGUUACUGAAGCUCGAUCGUCCAUUAGAAUUGAAUCCUCGAGUGAGACCUACGUGCCUUGAAGUAAACUCCCAGAUACCAGGCAAAAGCGCUAUCGCUUCUGGAUUUGGGAAAACAUCCUACGAGUCCAAUAUCGGUAGCAACAAAUUGAUGAAAGUCCAGUUAAACUACAUUUCGGAAGAUAAAUGUAAAGAAGCUUACGCUGAAGAUCUUGGCACUCGACGAUUACCCGAUGGCUUGAUAUCGAGCUUACUUUGCGCCGGCAUAAUGGAGGGAGGAAAAGACACAUGCCAGGGCGAUAGUGGUGGUCCGUUACAAAGAAUUCUUUCGGAACCAUACUGCAUGUACAGCGUCGUGGGUGUGACGAGCUUCGGCAAGUUUUGCGCCUUCAAAGACUCGCCCGCGAUAUACACCCGAGUCAGUUCUUAUCUCGAUUGGAUUGAGAGUACGGUUUGGCCGUAAAAAUCGAACACGGAAGCGUAUCGAUAAACGGAACGCGCGAUCUUUCAAAUUGAAUUCGAUUGGUUUCAAAUGGCAAAAAUAAUCAUGUGUAAAGUUAUAUCAAGAUGGUGAGAAUUGAGGAAUAAUUGAAAUAAAAGAAUUACAGACAAAA